UAAGGUUGAGUGGUAUGAUCAUGUCAUCGUGAUUAGUAUCUGGGGGUGUUGUCAGCCUUUGCUAUUUCAACAGGCGUUGGAAGAACCAACUAUCCGCAAUUUCAGAUCGGAUUUACAUAAGAAAAGGGUAAAACAUUGAUCACUAUGGCGUCUAAGUUCAGCUCAGUAGAAAAGGGCGCUGUUUGUGAAGAAGCCGACUGUGAAUCGAUUACUGACGUCACGUUCUACGUGAAGGAAAAGAAGAAGCUCUGUCAUGACUGCGCCUUGAAAAAAGAAUGCAUCGGAAUAGUACGAAGAGGUGCACCUAAUCUCUUCUGUGAAAAACACGAGAAAAUCAUGGACUUGUACUGCAGAACACAUAACGUAGCAUUAUGUUAUUCAUGUGCAUUGACAGAUCAUCGCCGAGAACAGUGCGUUCAAGAGGAUAUCAUGAUCGCACUGAAGAACAAUAGAGAAGAUCUCAGCAUCCUAAAGAAUAGAGCGAGUGAUAAAUCAGAGUUAUGUCGCAUCUAUGGGAAUGAGAUUCAUAAGACCAGACACGCUAAAGACGAACAUCUACAAACUAUUCAGAAUUAUAUUGAUUCCGAAAUCGAAAACGCGAUCGAAAGAGACAGAGACAGGGAAAAGGAAGAUGCUGAUAAAAUCAAUAGCGAGAUUGAUGGGGAAAAUGAAGAUUUUCAAGAUGAGAUUCGAAAGCUCCAGGAGGAGAUUCGAAAGCUCGAGGAUAAAAUUGAAAAGAACAAUGAAGAGAGGGGGACACGGCAUGAAGAAAAUCGUUCGAUUGCAGAGAAAAGACGAAAACCGAUAAUUGAUAAACAACGCAUUCUUCAUGGAGACAUUCACAACAUCGCUCAAAUGAUCGAGAGAAAGAUUGGAGAGCUUGAAAAAUCAUGGCAAGACGACACCAAAUCAGCAGAGAAAGCAAAAGAGACACUGGACAGAAUUCUUAAAGACGAUAAAAAUAUUGUCACAGAUGGACAUCGUGUGCAUGCAUCAGUGAGUGAGGAACUAAAGAAGCAACUGAAUGAGGGUGAGGUGAAAGAAAUAAAUCGUGUUGUAUCAGGUGUGAGGUUUGUGAAGGGUGUUGGGAGAGAGAAGUAUGAUGGAAGAAUUGAUGGGUAUGAUGGAGAGUGGAAGCUCAUUGAUACAAUCAAUGUCACAGAUAAAAUGAAAUAUCCGCGCAUUGUUGGAUGUAUAGAUGAAGAUAAGGUGAUGAUCACAGAUUUUACUAUUGGUGGAACACAUACCUACAUGUUAGAUUUGAACAGUAAAACCACACAGAGAGUGAUCAACGGUAGUGAUACAUCAUGUAUAAUCUCAUGUGCAGUACUGAAUGAUGACAAGGUAGUAUGUGGUAGAUGCAUCAUAGGUUGUACAGGAGACAGUCUACCUGGGUGCAUCAGUGUAUACGACAGACAGUGGAAUCACAUCAAUGACGUCACAAUACCAAGAAACACGACGCGUACUGAUGUAGCGGUGCGCGUUGCAAUCGAUCAGGAUGGGAUGAUCAUCGCUGCUGAAGAUGGUCAGUCUAUGAUAUACGUCAUCAACCCAGCUAAUGAUGAGAUUAUCAAUACCAUCACGUGUAAAGAGAAGAUAGUAAUGUGCGAUGUACUGUCAUCAGGUCACAUCAUCGCUCGACCUUCACCACCUGAUCGCAGAGCACUCAUCAUUGACAGAGAGGGUGAUCAUAGGGAAAUCCCCCACAGUGAUGUCAUCUUGAAUGUGUGUGUUGAUUGUAUGACAGACGACCUCUACGUCGUGACAUCAGAUGAUGAGUACAAGACGUGUGUGAUUGAUCAGGUGAUGAGUGAGGGUGAUAUGAAGAAGAGAAGAGUAGCAUCAUUCCCUUUAUCAACUAGACUGGGGAUGGAUUCAAUUAUCUUGUCUUAUCUCGAGUGAUGAUGACGUCAUCAGGGAAUAUGAUUGCAUGUGAUGGAGAUAAUAUUCUCAUAUUCAAAAAGCGAUUCAUCCUCUAGAUCCAUGACAGAUAAUAAUACCGAACAAACAAGUGAUAU